UAGAAAACAUUCUAAUGAAGGCAUGGAACAAGCAAUGAACAGACCAUCAAGAGUGUAUAUUUGUACUACAAUGUACCAGGAGGCUGAACACGAGAUGGCCAGGCUUCUCAGGAGCUUGGAUCAAGUAAUGACGUCACAGAAACUCAAAAGGAAAAAUAUCUAUAUCGAAUCUCAUAUAUUUCUUGACAAUGGAGCGGAUGGUAAGGAAAUGAAGGACUUCGGAAAACAGUUACUAUCUUUAGUAGAAGAAACGAUUGAACUACGAGCAGAGUCUGGUAUAAUGUUAUACACACCUUACGGGAUACAAUUGCACUGGGUGCUAGAAUGUGGCACGCCACUCUUUAUACAUCUGAAAGACACAGCAAAGGUCAAGGCAAAGAAAAGAUGGAGUCAGGUGAUGUAUAUGGAGUACAUUCUCAAAUACAGAUCUAAAUGGGCUGGAAUGCAUAACCCCUACGAGUCGAAAACAAUGUCCUCCAAUCCUUCAUUUACAUACGAUUCAACGGAGUCUCUUGAUAGGCUAAAUGACUAUUACUUGUCAAAUGACAAUAAUGGUACAGAGAGGAGAAAUCCGACAUUUACAAAUGGCAACUUUUUGGACAUCCCUGACAUCAUCCUUAAUCACCCUGGUGACGACGCAGACGACAAUUCAGCUGAUAAUUUCACGAUCGACAUGGCUUCAAACGAUGGAAGUCUUUAUCCUAGUGAAACACCAAGUCGGGCCGGAAGUGAUUUGUUUGUAAAAGAAACACCACUGGAAAUCCACACUCAAGAAAGUACGAUUUUUUCUGUAUCUCUCUCCAUGUCAAAUAUAGCGGGACCUUCUAUUUCGCAGUCAAUGGACAAUUAUGUCCUAAUGACUGACGCUGAUAUGUCGUUCGACGAUGGCGCUGUCCUUGCUGUUGUUGAUGUUUGUAAGAAGGAACCUGACGUCGGAGGAGUCUGCGGUAGGACUUUUCCAACAGGGCUGUACAGACAUCCAAUACUCUGGCUGCAAGUGUUUGAAUUUGCUAAAGAUUUCUGGAUGAUAAAGAGUUCCCAAAAUGUUAUUGGCUCCGUGAUGUGUUGUCCCGGAUGUUUUAGCCUAUUUCGAUUCGAAGCAUUGUCAGAUAUUUUUUCCACUUACUCUAGUCCGACAGAAACAGUGAUGGAUGUGUUCACGAAAGAUAACGGUGAAGAUCGUUGGAUGUGUACUUUGAUGAUGUUAAAGGGCUGGAAACUUCGAUACACACAGGCGGGGCAAAACAGCACAUUUUGUCCAGAGACUACUUUGGAGUUCAUGAAGCAGCGAAGACGGUGGCUUCUAUCGGACUAUACAAAUGCGUUACUAGUUAUCCAAAAUGUAGCCAAUCUGAUGACCAUCAACUCUGCCUUCUCAUUAACAUACGUACUGUACGUGGUACAACUGUUCCUCAUCAUGGUUCUGUACCCUGGUGCCACCGUAAUGAUGUUAUCCCUGGGCCUUGAGUUGGGUUCUGGGCUUCCUCUUGUUGCUAUAACACCAACGUUUUACCUUCUGAUUGUUGGAUACAGCAUUGUGUUGGUGAAAGACAUAUCCGCUUCAGUACAGCUGGUGAUAUGUAAACUGCUGAUAGUAGUUCUAGGGGUGGGAACACUGUAUGUGUUUGGUUCAACGGCUGUUAUAAUCAUGCAAGCACUGAUCAACGAGUUGGGGCACAUCGAGUACCUACUGAUACUGUCCCUGGCUGCCACCUACCUACUAGCUGCUAUCGUCCACCCGUCCGAACUCAAGAUCCUGCUCUAUGGCAUACCUUACAUGUUCUUUCUACCUCUGCUCAAUAUCAUUCUGCCAAUUUAUGCAAUGUGUAAUAUCGUUGACCAGUCCUGGGGUACUCGGGACAAUCAAUUAGCGAAGGUACCAAAGUUCUUAAGCCUACCGAAACUGAAAAAGCGGAAGAGGAAGAAAAAGACAAGAUCACUGUCUCAUAAAGGGUCAUACACAAGUUUGAACAGUUCUGUGUUGGAUCUUCAAAACUUCAACGAAGACGAAGAUUCGUUUUGGGAGAGAGUGGUGAAAAAUUUAAUCGGGGUCAAUGUUCCCGGAGGAAUGUCGUCAGACGAGAGGACAGAGGGACUACGUGUUAUGAGAAAGAAAGUGGUGAUUUGGUUUCUCUCUAUCAACGCUGUGUGGGUCAUAAUACUAUGUGGGUGUUAUGGAUUUCUACUACAACUCAUGGACAACAAGACAAUUUUCAGUGUUGUAAUGAUUUCAUCCUUAGGCCUCACACCAUUAAUACAAGUGACAGGGAUGCUUGUGGACAGAGGUUGUGUAUUAUUUAGACUAAUAAGAAAAUAUUUGUAAUACAUGCUUCGAUCACAUUUCUAUUGCUGAGUUAUAAAUUAUUUCAGAUAUAUGUAUCACUACCAUAGACAGUUACGAAUUGGAACAAAAGGUGAUUGCAAAAACGGUUUGCUCCAAAUUGUAAUCCUUUAGUCAGGACUCAUAAGUGUCACUUACGUUGUACUAUCCUUCACAAAGAAGUACAGAAUAAUUCCCUAAAAUUCCACAGAUUUGUCUCCAAUUUAGGUAAGAGAAAACUCUCGCACGCAUUAGCUGAAGUUGUGUCACUGUAGUUGUGGCAAUUGCCUCUGAUAUUGCUGAGGUGAUUUAAAUAGAUAUGAUCAGUAAAAGCGGAUUAUUGGCGUAAGACAUAAGUUAUUAAAACACACGUCUGAUUAAGACAGUAAAAUGCGCAGCUCGUGUAGUAACCUAAUUAAACCCAGGACAUACAUCGUUGUUGGCUUUUAAAUAUUACAAUCGGAUUGAUAUUUGUCUGUCUGCGUUACUCGGGGAUCAAUCCAUCUGACGACAUUUUGGACCUAGACAGCUAAUUGAGCAAAUUAUAUGCUUUCUUCAACUAACAAGUCAAAAACUUGCGUCUGUUGGAAAUCCUUUCUAUUCCUAUUUGCGUCCGUCGGUCCGUUUGUCUGUCUCUUUUUAGCUCGCAAACAGCGCUUAUCGUUCAUUUGUUUUCUUCUCACAUGUUUACAUUUAAAGUUUCAUAUGCUGUUUAUCUUAACAAAUAAAAUCUAUG